AAAACCUUUGUUAUACUUUCUUGUGUUAAAUUAGUAUAAAACCUUUGUUAUUUGUACUUUCUUGUGUUCUAUUAUGAAAAAGAACAUCAAAGGAUUCUCUUAAAUUAUUCUGGUGCCAACUCCAAUUAAGUCAGAAUGGCGAUGACUGAUAGCGGUAACAUACUUGCAUUUGGAGGGGAUGAACUCGAUAGACUUACGGAUCUUCCUAUUAAUGUCAUACACCAGAUUCAGGAUCACAUGUCUAUUGAGGAUGCUGCAAGAAUGAGUGUUCUGUCCAGAACGUGGAGAUAUAUUUGGGCUUCAAACCCGAAGCUCGUAUUAGAUACACAGUUUUUCACAAAGAGAACACCAUCAGACAUAAUAGACAUCAUUAGUACAAUUCUGUUGCAGCACCAAGGAGCCAUUAAGUCAUUCCUCGUGGAUAUUUCAAAAAUACAUUCUUCGCAGCACUCAGUGUCGAUGAAUGGAUGCUACCGUUGUCAAGAAACGGUCUCAUGGAUCUCUCUAUUGAGAAUCAGAACAGUGGCAAUGCCCCUUAUAAAUUGCCUUCCUAUGUGUACGGUGUGGGACUAGAAAGUUUGGUCCUGUCGAACUGCAUUUUCAGGCCGCCGUGCAGUUUUAGGGGUUUCCACAAGCUCAAACGGCUUCACCUUAUGCAGGUUUCCUUUGAAUUAGACGUUGCAACUUCUUCCCUCUGGAUGCCAAACCUUGAGAGACUAAGCUUAACACUCUGUAGUGGUCUUCGUUUCUUGAAUAUAUAUGCACCAAAACUUCUUUCGUUAACUCUCCUUGCAUGUGGCACCGACCCACUAAACAUGGGUCCUUGCAUGGACUCUGAGAAGUUGCAAAUAUUUUCCAUUGUAUCACUAAAUAGACAAGAUAAAGCAGUGAAAUUGACAGAUCUUCUCAGCAGCUGGCCUAACCUUAGUUUACUUAUAUUGGGCAGAUACUUCCUCAAGAUACAUCCUCAAGCAGAGAGUCUUCCCACGCGCCUCACUAGAUUGAGAUAUCUCUAUCUUUGGGAUUAUGAUUUUGACAGUAAAGAUCAAUUAUUUGCCCUUCUAAGCAUUCUUAGAAGUUCUCCCAAUUUGAAGACACUUCAAUUUCUUAUGUGGGGCCAGAUGAAGAAAGGUGACAUGGAAGUGGAUGUAAAUAAUUUUCAAGAACCAGACUACGGGACUCAACGACUCAAUAACUUUCAAACAUUGCAAAUAAAUAGCUUCUGUGGUUCAAGAGCUGAAUUGCUUUUUAUAAGGUUUAUACUUGCCUCCGCCCCUCUACUCCGGAAGGCCGUCCUUUUGAUAGAUACAAGUGUUAGUGAAAGCCAAUCCUUGAAGAUCUCCAAAGAGUUGAUGCAGUUCCCUCGGGCAUCUCCUAAACCAGAAAUAAUAUUCGAACCAUGGUCAAUAGAACGAGCCAGGCUAGUAUAACGGUAGAGGAUCCUUUAUUUUGAGUCAUGUACUGCAUAUUAGCGUUGGAUAAUUAUAUUUUUGGUUCCUUAGUUAUCCAGAAAUUCUAAUUUUGGUUCUUGUUGCGUCCUACUUGCAUAUAUCAUU